GACCUGCUUCAGAAUUUCCCUCGUAACCUCUUUCAAUAUGGUGUGCUUGAUGCGGCUGAGGUGCUGGUAGAUAAGGUUACCCUAACUUCGACGCGUAAAGUCAAUCACGAUUAUGUGCGCGAAAAGACCGAGAUGUUAGCAAUCUUGUUGCAGGGCGCCCUGCUUCUUUUGCAGCGAGAUGGCGAUCGCUUUGUUUUGCGUAGCUUGAAGACGAACCGAGAACAGGGGCAGAUUUCUGAACCACUUCUACCAUCAACAUUGUCCCCAUCGAUUUCUCCUCCAUAUCUAUCAGUCGUAGCAUGCGCUGCUAACCUACCCAAUGUAAUAACGACGGUUACCCAAGCUUCCUCCUCAACACCUAUCCCUAACAACAAUACGACUACGGGCUUACAGGGUGUAGGAUUAGCUUCUUUUCAGAUUGCCUGUAACAAUUCUACUGGAGACUUUUAUACUAGCAAUAAUAAUCCAGACAAUAGAAAUCCAGCCGGGAAUAACUGUUUGCUAUCGACUGUAUCAGCUGUUCAGUCAUCUGGAACUGUUACUUCGCCAAUAGCUCCAUCUGGGUAUGGGCUUUGUUCACUCAUUUAUUAA